AGACGAUUGGUCAACAAGACGUUCUGGGACCAGGUUGUCCUGGCACCAGGUUGUCCUGACACCAGGUCCUGCUGACAACGGGACGUUUUGGCAACAGGACUUGCUCGGCUUGGUCAGGUUCAUCGAUCUAACAUCCAAUGGCAGCACAACCUUUGAGAGAGUGGAAAACUGGUCUCUUUGACUGCUUCGAGGACGCGAGUACUUGUUGCUAUGGCUUCUGGUGCUGCCCUUGCCUCGCCUGCACGGUUUCAGGAAGAUUCGGAGAGAACAGUUGCCUCCCAUUAUGCGACUUGUGCAGCCCGGCUGUGUUUGGCCUCUGUGGGAUCCCGCUAUUUGUUCCCCCCGUGUCUGUGAGUCUCCGGUCCUCCAUUCGGAGCAGAUACGGCAUCAAGGGAUCUAUCUGUAAAGACAUCGCCGCUUCCUGUUGCUGUUUGACCUGCUCCUGGUGUCAGAUGCAUCGUGAGAUAAAAGAUCUCAAUAAGAACCGCGUGGCCAUAAUCAACACGCAGCCGGUGCCAGUGAUGAUGAUGGCGCAACCCCCUAUGAUGAUGGCGCAACCCGCUAUGGCUGUGAACCAACAUGGGGUCAUUGUGACGUCAUAAUGAGAUUUGCAGCUUCUCCAUACUAACUUCUGUCUUGAAGGGAUUUUUUAUUCAGAUCAUAUCCUGCUGUUGAUUGACUUUAGGGUGUUCAAAAUAAUCACAGGUAUAUAUUUAUAACAUAAUAAUAGAUUGGGGCCUCUGUUAUAGUACUUGAUUUCAUUUUUUUUGUGUGUCAAAUACAAACUGAAAAAAGUUUGCAUUCAAAGGCAAAAGGUGGUUUCAGUUCAAUCUAAAAUGUGGAGUUUAAUCAACCCGAUCUGAUCAAUAAGUCGAAAUUUCACAUUUAAAAAUAAAAUAAUGUAAAUCAUUUUGUAUUCUAUUUAUUCUUAAUAAAUUAUUAAUUUAGUUGUUUCUGAUUAUUAUUUGUUUGGAGCUCUGUGUAGCAGCGGUUUUUUAAAAGGUGCC